UAAGCAGCGCUCCCAGCGCUCUCUCCCUACGCAAGUCACCAUGCAAGUCACCGUCUCACCGUGUUGUAUCUUGUGGCGCUGGCGCCGGAAAAAACGAUGUCGGCGUCCACUCUGGUCUGAAUUGCGCAUUGGUUUCGUUUGGUCAGUGUGUUUCUGUAUGUGAAGUUAAGGCAGCGCAUUUCCAAGCCACAACUUCCACAUGCGAAAACCCAGGUGCAGCCACAUUGUGUGUGCCCAGCUUUCUCACAGUCAUACGCGAUUGCUACGGGUUGAAGAAAAUUAUUUGAGACAUUAUGCCAAUCACAGCAUCAUACAGCACGCAAGCUUCGGUGAAACGCUUAGGAUGCUUCAGAUACAGACCACUCCAGAGUAUCGCGACCAGUCACAAGUGCAACCACGGGCUACAGAUUCCUCAAGCUUCAAGAUAUAGGAUAUUCACAGUAAAGUACCUCGGUGUUGCACUUAGGACGGUCGGACUGAUUUUGCUAUACUACUGUUUUUCAAUCGGCAUCACGUUCUACCAGAAGUGGUUCAUUAAGGAGUUUCGAUUUCCACUGACAGUGGUGAUUUGCCACCUUGUGGUGAAGUUCAUAUUGUCUGGUUUGAUCCGUCAAGCGCAUCAGCUAUGGACUGGUCACCCAAGAAUCUUGCUCUCUUGGGCAGUGUACGUCAAGCAGUUGGCAAUCACAGGGGUUGCCAGUGCACUGGACAUUGGGUUUUCAAACUGGAGCUUUGAAUUUAUUACGAUUUCCUUGUACACAAUGACCAAGUCCACAUGCAUAAUUUUCAUUUUAGGAUUCUCUUUGGUGUUUGGGCUUGAGAAACGGCGCUGUUCCCUGGUGGUGAUAGUGCUACUUAUAGCUAUUGGACUCUUUAUGUUCACCUACCAGUCGACCCAGUUCAACAUGGAAGGGUUCCUAUUGGUCCUUAGUGCUUCAUUUCUAGCGGGACUCCGCUGGACACUAGCUCAACUUGUCAUGCAACGCAAGGAAGUGGGCCUUGGAAAUCCAAUUGACAUGAUUUUCCAUGUCCAGCCAUGGAUGAUACUGGGUCUACUACCACUGGCCAUUAGCUUUGAAGGUGUAGUCAUAGCAACAUCAGAGAAGGUGUUCCGUAGCAGAGAGAGCGGAGCACUGGUGCGGACAGUGUCAUACCUUCUCACAGGUUCACUGUUGGCUUUUUUUAUGGAACUGAGUGAAUACCUACUUCUCACAUAUACGUCCAGUCUUACUUUGUCCAUCGCUGGCAUAGUCAAGGAAGUUUGCACAUUGUACCUUGCUGUUAACUACAGUGGAGAUGAGAUGAACACCAUGAAUUUUGUUGGCCUACUAAUCUGCCUCUUGGGUAUUGGCUUGCACAUUUUAGUCAAAGCCCUCAACAGCAGCGCGCUGGGUCUCGAUUCCCUGUGCCGCAUCACAUGCAUGUCUGCCCACAGCAUACUCUUUGUCCUACUGACACCUUUUAGGAAGCAGUGGACGGUGACCCGUUUCAGAGAAGACCAUCGCCCAUGCCACUAGUCUGGAGUCAAACCAAGCUCUUUUGACGACAAUCGGGGAGGAAGAUGAAGAGGAGGAAGAGAUGGUGGUGUUCACACAGAUACCCAGAUGACACCAACAAUAGUGAGAAGCCACAUUGGUCUUGUGUCACUUCAUGCUUCUUGCAGACUCCUUUUUUUUUUUUUUUUUUUUUGCAACAAUGUGACUGCACAGAACUUUGAUGCAAAUAAAGGGAUCAGUGAUAGGUUUUAAGGGGUAUACUUAGUUUUAAUAGAUGUUUUAUUGGAGCCAGUUCUGAUGUAUUGUUGCUAUCUUCCUAUACAUGGUCAGCCUCUCAAACCAUUUUGUUUUAGUCUGAAGAAUACAAGGCUACAUCUCACCAGGCAUCAAGUUUGUGAAUUGUUAGCCCCAUCUCUUGCAGCCAUGAUGUACUAUCUGUAUGAAUCUUAUUUUGAACCAUCAUUGACCCAUACCUGACCGAAAUAGGCUAUGCAAAUGCAUAGUGUGUGUUGAAGAUGAGACAGGACAGAGAGGGAUGACGAUGUGUUUAUUCCGUUAAAAGGAACUGGAAUGAACGCGAUGUCUGUCACGCGAGUGUCACAGACAAUGACUCAUCAUCAUCUUUGUUGACAGUAGAAUGUUGACAUAACAUUCAACAGCUUGCCGCCCCGCGAAGAAGCAGAAUCGUUUGGCCGUUGUAGCUGUGAAGACUCAAUCUUAUAGAGAUGUUGCACUGGUCUUCUGAGUGUGGUCCGAGAGGACCACUCACGGCACCACUUUGUAGAAGACAGUACAACGAGGGAACAGAGGUGACAAUGUUUAAUGGAAGGGCUAGAGAAGAAUGAGGGGAGCACGAGGUGGGCGUCGUCAUCCUCAUCAGGAAGGAUUUAACAGUGUGGUUCCCUGAUUACCUUUUUUUUUUUCUUUUUUUCUGCAUGGUAUCCACACAAAACCUAGGAUGCAGCGGAUUCUGGAAAUGCUUCCUAAAAACUAACUUAUAAAGCUUGAACCAGUGUUAUGUUCUAUCUUCUGAUGCAGUUAAAAUGAGUAUGAUUUGAGUGAAUCAUCCUGCCAGAAAGAUAUUUACAAGCCCAGUGCUUACAAGCUUCAUAGCGUUCAUAAAUAUCUUUGAGAACUGUAAGUUUCUUGUAUAGAAAAUCACAGUGCAUAUUAUAUUUUGCAAAAGGUUCACCAUCAACUACUUUAUGCUUGCAUCUAACAUUAAUUCCGUGUGGAAGGGUAUAGCAUAUGCAUUCCAAGGUUCUCUUUCGUUCAUAAGGUUUUAUCCUAGUUGUACAGCACUAAUCUCACCAAUGCAAAAAGUGAAUUCAGAAGCAAUUAUAUUAGGCUUUCUUUUGUGCAAGUUUUCAUUUUCAAGUGUGCAAAAGAUAGUGUGCCAUGUUGUAUCAGAAUCAUUAUCUGCUGACACUGUUACAGCAGCACACAGUUUAAAUUCAUUUGGUGGCUCAACCAAAUUGCCAUCUGGGAAAGUCAAGCAUUGUGCAAGUUUGCUGCAUAGGAGCACUUCUAGAGCACUUUGCCAUAUAAGUUGCAGAUACUAUCUGUGACCUUUAACGUGAAUUUGGCCAAUGCAUGCACAGUUGUGGGACUAAUAGGUACUGCAUAAUGAGAUUUCGUAAGUCAAUAAACAUGGUGAAAAUGCCAACUUGAUAAUCAUCAAGACGAAAUUCUUGGGAUCAGUGCCAACUACAUAGGGUGAGCUGCACUCAGUGUGAAAGGGUCCUCUAUUCACACAACUUUUAAUUUUUUACAACCAGUGAUGGAUUGAGAAGGUGCUCUAGACCAUGUGAUCAUAGUAGAUAAGGUGUAUCAAUGAGAUACUUAUCAUUCCAGGGCCAGUAAGUGCUUGGUAGUAAAUAAUUUAUUUUAUAGUCAUUCCAGUGAGGGACAACUUUGGUGUAACUAUUGUCCAAGAUAUAAUCAUGUAACUCGUUCAGGGCACCUGAUGUCCCUCGCCACAAGCUGAAGUCUGAAAAAAAUAGAGAAAAAAGCGAGAGAAAGUGAAGUAAAGCGACACAUGCUACACACAGUGCAGAAUGCUCAAAGAUACUCUAGAACAGCUUCACCUUACAGCAUUGUGUUAAUUAUAGGCAAUGGCCAGUCCUUCUCUAUGUGAUUGUCAGCUAUAGACAUAUUUAGAUUUGAAAUGUAUUUUGUUCUAGAGGGGCAGUGACCAUGUCAGUGAAGGUAAUCAUGGGAAGUGAGUUUUUCCUCACUGAGGAAAGCUUUAACUGCUGUAACCAAAAUUCAUUCAAAUGAACAUUCAGAUCCCAUAAAAAUAUGCCUUAUAAGAAAAUACCGGACACCUUGUUCAAUAUCUAAGCAUGAGGGGGGCAAGGACACCACAGCCUGAGCUCUAAGUGAGUGACCGCCCCCACUUGCCAUCACCUCUAUGUCUGAAUGAGCAGUCUUGUUAGAUGAGGUAUGCUUUAUAUCAUUUGCAUAGCUGCAACCAUUUCAUUUUCAAUAGGCACACUUGUGUAUCCUUUGGUAAGAUCUUGUUACAGUAUAUGUUUCAAUUAGAUUUGUGUGAGCAUUUCACAUGUGUGAGCUAUUCAGCUGGUUAUACCUGUAGUUGCGAGUGAAGAAUUUUUUAUUUUUUUUACACAUAGCUUUCUGAAAUUUUGUGUUUUACAGUUUGUUGCAUGUGUGUGGGCCAUAGAAUUUUUUACCAGUUUCUACAUGUGCAGAGUGUAAUAUAUGAAUAUGUACAUCAACAAUAAAUUGUGCAGUAAGAGAGUA